CAUACAGGCUGGCAAAUCGAGCGACGAACAAUCGCUCAUCAGUUAUUCCUCGGCCCAGCUGAGUGGAGCAACUUCGUCAUGUUUGUACGCGUCCUCCGUUUAAAUGAGAGGCGGUUGUGUUUUUGCACCAAAGUCCGAAUUUGAGACUAAUUUCUGUGUUGUUUUCUGAAGCGAACGCAAGAAAACAGGCAGCGACUUUAAGUGGUAUGCUAACCAGGCGCGGCUAAUGCGAAGCUAACGGCUAACCAGUUCGUAUUGACCACAGUGACGCAUUUGUCCGGGAUUUAUGGUCAUCUAUAGUAACCCGCAUUCCCAUAUGGGAAUAAAUGUUAACUCUGUUAAAUAAGCAUCUACCGAGGUAUGAUUGUCAUCCCUCCACAGCGUGCCUGGCCACCUGACAGCUAACGGUUUGCUACCUGUAUACGUUACGCUGCUAGCCACGUAAACUGCUUGGUGUUGACGUUGCAGCAGCAGAGCGAGAAAGCCUGUCCUCCCCAGGAGCUAUUUACAUUUUCAGUGGCACCCACCAUUUAUAGUAACCCAGAAAUCAUCAGAUGAAAACAACAUCAACUCAAAAUGCACUAGCUGGACUUGAACGGGUGGUCAACUGGUUUCCUGGAUCUGUUGCUUGGGUCGGAUGAUGAAGCGGGUCUUCUGGCUGCUUUCAGGCUUAAACAGAAGAAUGAUGAAGCUACUUUUUGCUCUCGCUUUGAUCGCGUACAUUGCCUCUGUUUGGGGAACAUAUACAAACAUGAGGUCGAUACAAGAAAAUGGAGAUGUGAAGAUUGAGCAGAAAAUUGAUGAAGCUGUGGCUCCUUUGAGAGAGAAGAUUCGUGACCUGGAACAGAGCUUUUCACAGAAAUAUCCACCGGUGAAAUUUCUCUCAGAAAAAGAUCGAAAAAGAAUUUUGAUCACAGGAGGGGCUGGGUUCGUGGGUUCCCAUCUGACUGACAAACUGAUGAUGGAUGGCCACGAGGUGACCGUGGUCGACAACUUCUUCACAGGGAGAAAACGAAACGUGGAGCACUGGAUCGGUCACGAAAAUUUUGAACUCAUCAAUCAUGAUGUGGUGGAGCCGCUUUACAUAGAGGUGGACCAGAUCUACCACCUCGCAUCUCCAGCCUCCCCUCCUAACUACAUGUACAAUCCCAUCAAAACACUGAAGACGAACACAAUUGGUACUCUGAACAUGCUUGGGUUGGCAAAGCGAGUGGGUGCAAGACUUCUGCUGGCCUCUACAUCUGAAGUUUAUGGAGAUCCAGAGGUGCAUCCCCAAAAUGAGGACUACUGGGGUCAUGUGAACCCAAUCGGUCCUCGAGCUUGCUACGACGAGGGGAAACGUGUAGCAGAGACGAUGUGCUACGCCUACAUGAAGCAGGAAGGUGUAGAGGUGAGAGUGGCAAGAAUCUUCAACACGUUUGGCUCCCGGAUGCACAUGAAUGACGGACGGGUCGUCAGUAAUUUCAUCCUUCAGGCGCUUCAAGGAGAACCUCUCACUGUGUACGGUACUGGAUCCCAAACUAGAGCCUUCCAAUAUGUAAGCGACCUGGUCAACGGCCUCGUGUUGCUGAUGAACAGCAACAUCAGCAGCCCAGUCAACUUGGGAAACCCAGAAGAACACACCAUAUUGGAGUUUGCCCAACUCAUCAAAAGUCUUGUUGUGAGCCGAAGUCAGAUCCAGUUUCUGUCGGAGGCCCAGGACGAUCCCCAGAGGAGGCGACCCGACAUCCGAAAAGCCAAGAUGAUGCUCGGCUGGGAACCCGUGGUGCCGCUGGAGGAAGGGUUGAACAAAACCAUUCAAUAUUUCAGCAGAGAACUAGAACACCAGGCCAACAACCAGUACAUCCCCAAACCUAAAGCAGCCCGCAUGAAGAAAGGAAGGCCCAGACAUAAUUGAGCAGCAGCCGACUGCUCUGCCGAACACUCCUCCACCAUCAGAGAGGAGCUUCUCUCUGAUGUAUCCUGCUGAGUAGAGCACUUUUUGGAACAGUGUCCCGUUUUGGGUCACGGAGGCGGCUUUCUGUCUGAGCUCUCUUUAAAAGCGGAUGUUGCCUUGUGUCAGAGCGGCAGCUGUGACUUGGUGAGGUCUCCCUCCCUGAAGCUUUCAAAACUGAUGGACAAGCCUGAAUCAAAGAGGCUACCUGCUGUGGCGGAGGAUUGGAAAUCCAGCCUAUGUUUUGGGAGUUUGUUUUUUUUGUGGAUUUUGUGAUGUUCUUGCUAUUAUUUAAUACACCGCCAUGAGAAACCCGGCGAGCAGCUCAGACCUGGCGGAAACGAAUGGCGCUCAUCAGUUUCCUGGUGUUUCGUGUCUGGAGAGGAGCCGUCCGAGUUUGUUUUCCCACCGGACGCCUCGUUGCGUCAGUCUGCCAAACCUGCACCGCACGGCAGGUUGUGGACAAAUUCUCCAGGGCGACAGUUUACGGCGCCAUAAUUGUUUAUAAAGAUAUCGUGUUUGUGAAAUGUUCAUGUCGCAGUGUGCAGUAUCAUAUUGAUGUGAAGAUGCUAUUUUAAUAAAAUAUUUCCAAUAAUUUGCAUGUGAUGUUGCCACUUUAGUUCAGGAACUUCUGCUAAAAGCUUCAAAAGAUUUCUAAUUAAGACAAAACGAACAGAAUAUGUAGCGGUAAGAAAACCUCAGUCAAAAGAAAUGUUUUAUGUCUAAAGUUGUUUGGGAUUCAAAGCUGUUGUAUAUUAUCACACUGAGUGUACAAGCACUAAGAAAUUUGAUCUUCUUACUUAUUUAUCUCAACAAAUGAAGUGCCUUUGUUUGGAUACGAGAAUGAACUGCAGUAAUUAAACAGAAUUUGAAGAGCAGCAAAACAUCUGAGGUAAAAAAAAAAUUAAAAUAAACCGAGGAAGGGUUAGAAAACUUAAGAUUGGAGUUUAAAACUGUCUUCCAUUGAUAAUCUGAUACACUUAUGAUUUUGUUUUAAUUUAUUUUUAUUCUUUAGAAUCUGCUGUUUUUUUAAAUAAUAAAAAAACAACCUAGAACUAUCGAAUCGAAAUGUGUCAGUCUUAAAACUUUGCUGAUCUAAUGUGUUUAAUAUGAAGAGGAAACUUUUAUUUUUACCGAAUUAAAGCCUCGAUCUUGUUUUUAUUUAGAAAAAUGAAACACUAUUUUUUAUUUAUUUAAUACAAAAGCAUCAUGGGUGGAUUAUAAUCUACCAGUCAUGGAAGAGAUGACUCUCUUUACAGUGACCAAAUAUACUAAAGAAAUUGUUGCGUGGAAGAAAAAAAAAAUCCACUUCUGAAGUUGCUCCAUCUGGUGGUGAUUGGAGAAAUCAGGUCUGGAUUUGGCCACAUCCAAAGUCAUUUUAGAGCACUUCAUUUUUUACUCUUAAUCUCUAUGGAGGCUCCAAUAGGACUUGAAACCUUCUCACUCAGACAAAAGUGCCAAUGUCUGCUUUUAUCAUCU